AAGAGGUAACUAGCUGGUACCUAGUAACAAUGAACUUUUUAUUAAGCUUUUCCUUUUUGGCAUUUUCGAAAUUACUAUUGGUUACACAUUAUAAAAACGAUUCUCGAGAUUAUUCGAGGUUUACGUUUCCUUCUUAUUUCCGAUAAUUUUUAUCUUUUUCAAUCAUCGAUAACGCGUUAUCUUUUAUCUUUUAUCUCUAACCUUUCAAUUAUAUCCGCGCAUCGUUUCGCAGAGCAAACGUAAUAAAAGUAAUUUUUCACUUAACACAAGAGUACGUUUUUAAAUUGGGAAAUACGAAUAGUAGAAAUAAGAAAAGAAAGGGAAACAAAGGAACGAGGAACUUGUUCGGGGAGAGAACGAGCAGGAUCGAAGGAAGAUAGGAAAAGGAGAAAAGUAGGAAUGAAAAGGAAAGAAAAGAAAAGAAAAGAGAAGAGGAGAGGAUAAAAAAGAAGAAAGAAUGGACGCGAUAGAGAAUUUUUCAAAAAUAGAAAGACGGAUGGACCGGGAGGGAUGCUCGCAGUGCGCUUAAGAAAAAGAGAGAGGAGAAGAUGGAGGAACGGGAGCAAGAGAGAAGCCGAUCUCGCGUGAAAGAGUUUGCGCAGAGUCGACGACGAAACGACAACGUCGAGGACGCGCUGCUGCCGGAGCGAAAAAGGCCGUGUGCGCAAGAGAGGAAGAGAGAGGGAGCGUGAGAGAGGGCGCAGGGCUGACCGUUCACGUCUUUUCGACGUCGACGCAACCCCGUUGGCGCAGAAUAGCUGCUCAGUGCUCGUCGAACGGCGCUGUGCUGCGACGGGACCAUGCCGCCGCGCCCUGCACCACCGAUCAACCGAUCUCAGGAUCGCGAGAUCGUCGGAGACUCGUGGGAAUAAAGAAACUAGGAAGGGGGAGAAGAUGACCGAGACAAUGUCCGAAGAUUACGAGGUAGUCUCGAGCAGCGACGGCUCGUGCGAGGACGCGGAAACGCAAGCGGACUUUGGCAUGCCGGGUUGGGAAGCGGCGGUGGCCUCGCUCACGCUCGGAUUCAUCGUUUUAGCCACGGUUCUGGGCAAUUCCUUGGUAAUCCUGAGCGUCUUCACCUAUAGGCCCCUGAGAAUAGUCCAAAACUUUUUCAUCGUUUCGCUGGCGGUAGCCGAUUUGGCCUUGGCGAUCCUCGUGAUGCCGUUCAAUCUGGCAUACCUCCUUCUCGGUAAAUGGAUCUUCGGUAUACACUUUUGCAAGCUCUGGCUGACAUGCGACGUUCUCUGCUGCACCGCGAGCAUUCUCAAUCUCUGCGCGAUAGCUCUCGACCGCUAUUGGGCCAUCACCGAUCCGAUUAAUUACGCGCAGAAGCGUACGCUCAAGAGAGUACUUGGAACGAUAGCCGGCGUUUGGCUGCUGUCCGGUGCCAUAAGCUCCCCGCCUCUGGCAGGAUGGAACGAUUGGCCGGAAGAACUCGAGGACGAUACGCCGUGUCAGCUCACCAGGAGACAGGGCUACGUGAUUUACUCGGCCCUCGGCUCCUUCUUCAUACCCCUCUUUCUGAUGAGCCUCGUCUACCUCGAGAUAUUUCUCGCGACGAGAAGGAGAUUGCGCGAACGCGCUCGACAGAGCAGACUCGGGGCCGUUCAAUCGACGAGGCACCGGGAGACCGACGACGCCGAGUCCGUAAGUUCCGAGACGAAUCACAACGAGAGAUCGACGCCGCGGACGCACGCGAAGCCCUCGCUGAUCGACGACGAGCCGACCGAGGUGACGAUCGGUGGUGGCGGUGGCGGUGGCGGUGGCGGUGGCGGUGGCGGUGGCGGUGGCGGUGGUGGUGCCACCGGCAGCGUCACCGGCAAUUCUCGACGAGUCGCAUCUGCCAGCGGUGCUGGCCAAACCCCACCUACCACCGCCACGGUCUACCAAUUCAUCGAGGAACGACAGAGGAUCUCUCUCUCGAAGGAGAGACGCGCCGCGAGAACGCUCGGCGUCAUCAUGGGCGUCUUCGUGGUUUGCUGGCUACCCUUCUUCCUCAUGUACGUCAUUGUCCCAUUCUGCCCGGCUUGCUGUCCCUCCAUCAGGCUCGUUUACAUCAUCACGUGGCUGGGUUAUCUCAACAGCGCUCUCAAUCCUCUCAUCUAUACCAUAUUCAAUCUCGACUACAGGCGAGCUUUUCGAAGGCUAUUGCGCAUUCGCUGAUUGCGAGAUCGAACUUUGAUUCCCCUCUCCUCCCAUCUCCUCUUUCCAUCGUUGAUUCUUCUUCCCGAACAAUCGCAACCGACCAAACGAGAGGACGCAUCGACGGCGAAUUACCCUAGCGGAAGAAGCGCGCCUAGCGAAAAAAGAAAUUUCCUAUAUACGCCUUUGAAACGGUUGCUCCUCCCUUGAAAUACACCUGAGUACGUACACGGUGGAUUAUUCGGAUACGUUCGAGCUCUCCGGUGCCCGCAGCGAAUAACUGUGCGAUCUCACUACUCGUCCCACCACCGGACGAUGCUCCCAUUGAUAUGCUCCGUUCGUUCGAAAAAAUGACGCGGUAUUAGUCAAAUUCCUGGCGGAGAAAUUUUAGAGAAAAGCGUUUGGGAAUUGGGAAGAUGAAUAGAUGGAUAGGUAGAUGGGUAGACAGAUGGAUAGGUAGAUGGAUGAAUGGAUGGAUGGAUAGGUAGGCGGAUAGAGAGAGAGAGAGAGAGAGAAGCGUAAAAUAGUCGACGACUUUGAUCGGACCGAAGAAAAACUCGUCGUGAAAUAAGUAUCGACGGGUAAGAUAUAUUUAUCGACUUCGUUAGCUACUCCCUUCACGUUUCUCCUCGUAUACGUUCGUUAGUUCGAAAUAAAUCAUUUUUUUUUCCUGGUAUUAAAGCAAUCCAUUUUCUAUCGAUUAACGCGACAUCUUUCGCGUUAAAUCGUUAAUCCGUUUUUGAAGCAAACUACGAAACUAGUUGUUUUAUCUCUUCGCAACGUUCCAAAUCAAUCGAAUAAUCGGAUCACGUCCGUCCCGAUAAUUUCUUUUUACUUUCCUAUGAAAACUUAACAUCGAAAGUCCAUCGACCAUGAUAUCGGUCUAAUGAAAGCAUGUUGGGGAGGGGGAGGAACAGCCGUGCUUAAAAUCAUACUCUUGUCCAUUUGUAUUGCACGUACCGUCGCAUAUUUACACAUAUCUUUAAUGAUUUUCGAUAAUCUCGAAUUAUACCAAAGUACAUUAUUCUUGUUGAGAGAGAGAGAGAGUAACACGAAUGAAUUCGAACACGAGUGUUUAAUAUUUAACGCGUAAUCGACGCGUCGUACCGAGCAAAUUCGAAAUUUGUUUCAGAAUAUAAGAUUACGAUUUAUAUUUACGCAGAGGACCAACGUUAUUUUUGUCGAUUCCCCGAUAAGACGAAAACCGGAAGGCUGUAGCCAGAUCGAAAAAACGAAAAAUCGACCUUGCGUUUGUAACGUCGGCUGUCUUUUAGAUUGAAAAGCCAAAAAAUAAUAGUGAAAAUUUAAUUAGUUAAAAACUCUCUCUCUCUCUCUCUCUCUCUCUCUCUCUCUCCUCUUCUCUCAUCGCAGGAACGAGCCAAUUAUCAAAUUCGUCAAAACUGAAAUUGGGACACGAAACAAUUUUCGCAGAAACGAGUAAACGAACAUCGUCGAGGAGGUGAGGUAUUUACCGCUAAACACUCGCUAGUUCGUAACAGUUUCUCGUUGGAAAUGCAAACAACUGUAUAUACGUACGCACACGUACGUACGUACGUGCAUAUUAUGUGGUGGAGACAAAGUUGGAGAUAGCAGUAAUCGCGAAAAAAAAUCGUGUGGUCCGCUCGAGGAACGGAACGACGGAGCGAACUUCGGCCAAAGGAUGUCUAAAAGAAGGUAUGGAAAAACAUAUGGUUGCCGAUUAUAUCGAUUAAAGCAAAAUUCGUUCGGCAAUCAAGGUGCAUAACGUUUAUCUUAAUACACAAGUGUGCAUUGAUAUACUUUAUCUGAAAUAAACAUGUGUACACUGGCUGUACACUGGCUAUACACUGGAUUUUGCGUAAAACGAAGAUUACUCGUGUGUGUCUUAUAUGGCACGUUUACUUACGUUCGAGAAAAGUCAUAUAGGUAUAAUCCGCGUAUAAUCGACGUACGUAAAGUCGCACACUUCCUAGUACGGAUACGAGUACGUUCGGAUAAAGGUAGAGUUCGCGAUCGCUGAAAACUCGCCUUUUAGAUGGUACCAGGAAAUGGAAAAGAGAUUUUUAUCCUAGAUGGUAGGAACGCGUAGAAUCGUUCUCUUGGGGAAUCUGAAGAAAAUGGCUAGAAAGGAUUCUUAAGGAAAUCGAUUCCGAGCAGAGAUUUUCCAGUAUUACGAUAUCUCGUUGACUCUCGGUACCUUCCUUCUCGGACGAAGUAUUAUCGAAUGAAGAGGAAGAACCUUUCCUUCGGAUACGUCUAUGAUUCUUUUUUUCUUUUCCUAUGAUAAGAAAAAAAGAGAGAAAGAGAAAGUGAAACAAUUUGAACUAGCGGUUUACUAGUUAAAUGGAACGUUAAUUCCCUAUUGGUGCUUAACUAUUCGCUUUAAGCCGGUCGAUCGAUCAUAAUGAAGUAUUAAUGACUAAGUGUGGGAGACAUUUGGGACGAUCGGUCCAAUUAUUCAACGAAUGGGAUUCGGUGACACGGCCGAAUUUCCAGAGACUAGUCGAGUCGAGUAGAAUCGAAUUGAGAGCAAGGGGAGCGAGCGAGUGAGAAGGGGGGAGACGGGAGGACAGGAACUUUCGCAGUGGUUAAUUAAAAAUUUCAUUGUCCCCGGUAUCGCUCGUCUCGCUUGAAACUUUUCUUCUACGGUAGAAUCGUCUUUCGGAAUUCUCUCGGAAAGAGGAACUCGUCGGGAAAAUGUACAUAUGAAUCCGUCUACGAUAAGCUCGGCGACGAGAUACGAUGUGAGACAAUAGACAGAUCUUUACUUUUUUUAUUUAUAAUUUUCAUGUGCAUCUAUCUAUACUCGAAGGACGACAACUCGACGUAGGCGAGACGAAGAAUCAAUGCCUUUCUAACAAAACGAGAAGAAAUAAAAGAAAAUGGAUCGAAUUUUUAUAAUUCGUCCUUAGCAAAUUCUCCUGUCCGAUUGAGAAACGAUUACUUGACUCUAACGGGCCGUAUUUACUUCGUUCUAUAGGUACUAAGAUGAGAGCUCGUGUUGGAAAUUAUUAGAAAAAUUUUCAAACGUGUCGGCGCGUACAACGUACGUAAGUACGUGUAUCUCGAGGCCAAGAGCAAUUUCGAUUUCGAGAAUCCGCGGUACGAGUCGAUUCGGGAAUCCUCGUGAACUCCCCCCCUCGUAAUUUCACCGCCCUACCGCGCUUCUUCGUUUUUCAUUUCGACCCAUUACGUCCCCGCCGUUUUCACACGAAUCGACCCUUUCAAAUUCGUUUCUAAUACGUUACGAGCGAGUUUCCUAGCACCGUUUUGAUGCGUCGCAUUUAGACGAAGUUCGAAUUUAAGAGAAAGAACGUUUUCGACUAUACGGACACGCGCACGCGCACAUCUCUUCUCUCGUCUACGUAGACAAUGAAACAUUAUUUCUCUUUCUUACUUGUACUCUACUUUCUCAAAAGCUUUUUUUACUCACAAUCAAUGUAGGAGAGUAAAAAAUACCCUUAUAUUUAUUCGAAUUAAAUUACUUUCUCUCUCUCUUUCUCUUUUUAACUUUGUUUUUUCCUGCCGUUAUUGAAAGUUGAGAAUUAUUAAUUCACGCGUUGCGUUCGCUCGACAGCGGUACUUACGACAGAAUUCAGUCCAAUUAAAGUCGGAAUCGAUUUCGACAAACAUCCUUUCUCCCCAGGGAAAAGAUCAUCCUUUUAUCGUCGAAAGGAAAGGAGAGUCGAUGGAGUACAUCUCGCAAAUAAUUAGCCACGAUAGGAAGAUUUCCGCGUAUUUUAGAUAAAACCGAUAGAAGGUAUAUACAUAUACUUAUCGUUCGUAAAAUACGAUUAUGGUUGUGAGUAUCGAUAACGAACACUUACGUAAAAGUACCUAAGCGAAAUAAAAGAAAAAACGAAGAAAAAGAAACGUCAUAGGGAAUGACCAAUGCUUAAACGCUAAGAAAUAAAAAAGAGAAAAAAAAGAAAAAACACACAUACAGUAUAUACAAAGUACGCGAAAGAGGUUGUGCUACGUAACACGUAAUACGUAAUAUAUAAAGAUUAUUUAUAAAAAUUGUUUCUGGGCUCGUAUACACACAUAAAUAGGUAAAUACGCAGCGUGAUACGCAAAUAUACGUGUAUAAAUGCACGUAACGUGCGUUAAUAACGUAAAAAUUCGUUCUCGUCGUGUCUCGCGAGAAAAGAACUCGUCGUAAUCGUAAGUACAUCUGAAAACAGAAAUGAUGCAUGCUGAAAUUUUCGAUUGCGAGAAACAACAUCUGUAUUCCGGUCAUUUUAAAACGCAUCGAAGAUUCGACAAAUCAACUAUAAUAGUUUCUAGUCUUCUUCGAUACAUGUAAUAAUCGUUCGCACCGCUAUGCACUGUCAGCUAUAGAAUACAAAAGGAGGGGAUAAAACGAGACACUUGGAAAGUGAAACACUUUCGAACGGAGAAGGAACCCUCGCUAUAAGUCAUCCCUGUCUUCGGGUGUACGUGCGUGUAACUUUUCCAAAGAGAAAGAGGAACGACGAGAGUAUUUCUCUCUCGAAGACUCGAGGACUCGUCGAGAAUUUUACUCGACGGGAAAGCGGGAAAUACGUAGAAAACUUACAUAGGAACGUAUGUUGUACCGUAUUACUAUAAAAGGGUCGAAUUAUGAGCAAAACGAACGAGGAUAUUUGUAGGGACGAAAGAAAUGAAACACGAAAAAAACAAGAGAGAGGGCUCGACGGCGCUGGCCCUCCCUCACCGCUCCUUUUCCCUUCCAACUUGAACUUUCCCUCUCGAGUGCGGCUCCAACAAAUUAAGCCACGACUUCGUCGCAAGGGCACUCUAUAAUAAGGUUGUGAUAAGGUUGUGAGAUAUGUACGCUUCGUAGCCGCGCUACGGACGUCACAAGAUUUUAAAUUUAAGCUUACUUUAGGGAAGAAAACAGAAAAAAAAAUUGAGAAAAUAAGAAGAAGGAGGAAUAAGUGAAAAACACAGGGAUAGAGAGAGAGAAGAAGAGAGAGAGAGAGAGAGAGAGAGAGAGAGAGAGAGAGAGAGAGAUUGAACGGACUCGGCAAAUGCUGAACUUGACCACUGACGAUGCAACGAGAAUCCCUCCGGGAACGAAAUAUUUGUAAUGUUAUUCGUUAAAAUCACAAUUACUUAUGGUCCAAAAUAAAAAUUCCUUCUCGGAGAGAGUCUCCCUUACAUUCCUAAAACUGGAUCCUAAUAUCUCAACGAAACGUUCAUGGAAAUAUUGUCGUUUUUCUAUUAUCACAGAUUUCCUUAGAAUUUUCAGAUCGUCUUUACGAUUCGAUUUAAUUUCGAAUUUACCUUUCUUUCAAAUUACUUUAUCUACUUCAAAUGGCAUAAAUUCUAACGUGAAAUUUCAAAGAGGUAAAUACCUAACUGUAUGUAAUUUUGUUUUCCUUUUUUUUUUCUUUUUUUUUCAUUUUGAAAUCAAAUCACUUUCACUUCACAAUCUCUUUCUUUUUUUUAGUUGAGAAAGAGGAUUCUUGCAACAUUCCGUUAAUGAAAUCAAUUAGCAUUAUCAACUUACAGAGAGAACCUUUUGCUAAUUAAAUCUGGUAUCAACUAUUGAACUUUGAACGAAAGAAGAAGAGCACGCAACUUCGACGUUAAUCACGUUUGUCAUCGGGAAAUUAGCAACUGUCGUCUAACUUAGUUUCUCUCGUGACUGAAUAGUAGCUACUCUCUCUCUCUCUCUCUCUCUCUCUCUCUCUCUCUGAGAAGAUGUUUAAAAUAGUGACCAUUAACGUUGCACAUUCGAUCAACACAUAUAAAUUGAGUUUCUAAUAAUAUAGAUCUCCACUAAUUAAAAGAAUAGACGUAUUUUUCUUGUUGCAUAAUAAUGUUUUAUUCGUAAAAAAGUGACAAAAACUGACGAUUGUAACAUUUGAACAAGGUAACAAAGGUAAAAUUGAAUCUAGAGUAAGGUCCUUUUUUCGUCGGUGGUCCUAUUGAAUGACGUAUUAUUUCGUUCACGUGCUCGUUAGCGGUUUCUCUGACGCAUUCAUAUGAUCCAUAUUCUUCUUUUAUUUUCAUCCUGCAUCCGAUAACGAGAAAAAAAUGUUGCAUGAACGAUACAUGUUUCAUGAACUGGGAAAUUCUCUCUCUCUCUCUCUCUCUCUCUCUCUCUCUCUCUUUCUCUCUCUCUCUCUGGGAUGAGAUUUUCGAAAUGCAUAAAUGUAUUAUUUUACGCUAUAUAAAUAUACAUAUGUAUAUACGUGAGCAUACGUGAAACAUAUUAUAUUUAUAUAGCAUACAAUACGUAUAUUAUAUUAUAUCGUACCACGUAUUAUAAACCAUUCGGUCGAUAUUCGUAUUUAUAUCCAUCGGGCGAUUCGCAAAUCGAGACGUUCUUACGGAUUACAAACAACGAUUCGAUCUUAUAAUUACAAAAAAAAAUCUACUUGACGCGUUUAAAAAAGGAAUUUUCUUCGAACUCAAUAGCAAAAUGAAGAUCCUAACGUUACGAUUGGCGGAUCAAGCUAUCACUCUCUACGUUGCGAUUGGACGUCCGAUUUUAAACUAAAAAAUAUAUGUGUAUAUAUAUAUAUAUAUAUAUAUAUAUAUAUAUAUAUAUAUAUAUUUAAUAAACUAAUACUCCGUUGGUUGUGAUUUACAAGUAUAGCAAUACAGGAGCUCGAGUAUGUAUGUGUAAUGUGUAAACACGAAUGGAGCUUCUCUUCCUCGUUUGUACAUAUUCAUAUAUAUAUAUAUAUAUAUAUAUAUAUAUAUAUAUAUAUAUAUAUAAUUACAUAUAGAUAUAAUUCUUCGUACAGAGCCCGUUCCUCCUUGAUUCUCUUCGAGCUAUUGAAAUUAAUCGAGCGAAUAUUAUAAUAAAACGAGAAAAAAGACGAACGAGGUUCCAAGAUCGAGUGACCAUUUUGAUCGUCGAGGAACUAUGCUUGUUAGAUUUAUAUUGUUAUACGUGUACAUAUACAUAUAUAGAUAUAUCGUAUCGAUCGAUAAAAAAAAUCCAAGAAAAAGAAAGAUUAACGAGACUCAUCGUUUUAGCGGAAAGAUUAAUCGAACGUUUCUGAACAGAUGACACGAGACGGUGACACGACGUUUCUUCGUUUUCACGCGCUCUAUUAAACUUGGAUUCUACGAAAAGAAAGUUAAACGAGAAAGAAGGACCGUGAGAAAAAUAUAUGAGCAGAUUUCUAAGUAACUACAUCUGAAUACGUACGUAUAAUAUCUAUGUACAAUGUAGUAAAAUAUUUCCAAUAUCGAUGAAAAGGUGAAAAUCAACGAGCGAAGAAAGAAAAAGAAAAAAUAAAUAUACCGAACGUUUAACGCGCGAACCUGCCGCUUGAAUAUGUAAAUACAUACACAAUGUCCGAUUAAUAUUAUACGUUAUCGAAGGGAAUUUCUUCGAUAGUAUCUGAACGUACAAGGAAUAUCUAUAUACUUUAUUCCUUUAUCGAAAUACUCGUGGAGGUAACAAUGAAAAAUACUUAACAAUACAAAAUCCCGUACGAGUCCCAUAGGAACACGUUGAACAAGUGAACCAGAUAACGUGAACUCAAUCACAAGCGAAAAACAAAUUCGACGGACAUAUAGAGCAUAUACGACACGACAGUCGUAUCAGAUGCGAGCCAUUGAUUAAUUAUUACAACAAUUUUUAUUUUUAUUUUUCGCUCCGUUACCUUCUCUUUCGAUUACAUUCCGAGAAAAGAUCGAUCGUAUCCUUUAGAUGGUCGAAUUUUGUUGUUAUUAUUAUUAUUAUUAUUAUUAUUAUUAUUGUUGUUGUUGUUGUUGUUAUUUUUAUUUUUAUUAUUAUUAUCAGUAUUAUUACUAUUAUCAGUAUUAUUACUGUUACUGUUACUAUUAUUAUAUAUAUUGUUUAAAAUAAAUGUGAACGAGAAGA